GGCCUCCUCUCUCUUCUGCGGCGGCGCGGCGCGGCGCGCCACGCGUACUCCGGCAGCCACCGCCGCGCGUGAUCGUCGUCCGCCGGCGACGCGGGGCGGUCGAAGAGACCUCGGCACCGACACCUCUCCCCUAAAUUUUGUAGUAUGGACCCUCCUCUUCAUCUCGUGCACAUCAAGAUUCUGGCUGCGGACCUUCUGUCCCUUACCGUGCAGCAGACUUCGCCGCCUUCCUUUCUUCGCCGUGGCCGUACGGUUGCUCGUGCAGAGCUUGUCGGAAUUGUGGUGUCUCGUGACCGUAGGGAAAAGUUCCUCCGCUUCUUGAUCGAUGAUGGCACUGGCUGUAUACCGUGCAUCCUAUGGUUGAACCGCCAAUAUCUAAAUGCAAACACUUCCUCCGGGCCAUCAGAUUCUGAUCCUACCGCAGAGAUGGCAUUGAAUAUGUCGGAGGAAGUGCAUCUAGGCACUCUUGUGAGGGUCCGAGGAAAGAUUGUCAUGUAUCGUGGUGUGAUCCAGAUUUCUGUUAGAGAUGUGGUUCUGGAGAAGGACCCCAAUGCGGAGGUGUUACAUUGGUUACAAUGUGUUUACUUGGCCAAGGAAUGCUAUGAUCUGCCACCUGCUCAAGGUGCCACUUGAAUGGAAUCUAUGAAGUGUAAAUCUCUGUACUUGCUGGAGAGCAAAUCUCUUCUUACAUGAUCAAGUUGUGCAUAAUAAUCCUUAUUAAUGAAAUACAUUGGUGAUGGGAGAUUUACACUGAA